UAAUUCAUAUUAGUUUGAAACAGAUUCUCCCUAAUCGUUGGUUUAAAAUUAACAUAACUACACCAAUGGUUUAUGUGUUUAUCGUUUGGGUUGGAUUGGAGUACUUUAGAUAGAAUUAUUAAUUUUGAGGAUACAAAGUCGAAUUGAUUUUAUUUUCUACUCGCCAGUGAAAAAACUUCGGAUAACCUUCUCAAAAACACCAACUUUUACAACGCCAGAAUAUCAUUUGAAAAUUGCCGAAAUAAUGGUUCAGGAUUUAUUAGAAGAAUGGAACGAAUUGUCGACAGAAUUCAAGGAUUUAGAGGCUGUGAAUAAAAUAUAUACAGAUAAGUUGGAAGAACUAGGAAGUUUCCAGAAUAACGUACUGAAACAAUUAACACAUCAGAAAUAUCGCCUUGAUCAAAUUUCCAAAACAUUGAAAGAUUUGAAAAAGAAAGGAGGUGCAAAAGAACAAACUGAACAGUUGGAAAAUGAUAUUUUGAAAAGGAAAAUACAACUCCAAGGAAUAGAACAAACAUUACCAAAGAAGAAUGGCAUUUAUUUAAGAAUCAUAUUAGGAAAUGUUAACGUUUCUAUACUGAAUAAGGAGGAAAAAUUUAAGUACAAGGAUGAAUAUGAAAAAUUUAAACUAGUUUUGAGUAUCAUUUGUUUUAUAUUUUCACUAUUGAAUUUAAUCAUUAUAUAUAGACCUUUGGAAUUAUGUCACUUAUUUCUAUUGGUCUGGUACUAUUGUACAUUAACAAUUCGAGAAAGUAUCCUUAAAGUUAAUGGAUCAAGAAUUAAAGGUUGGUGGAGACUACAUCAUUUUGUAUCUACAGUUGCAGCUGCUAUUCUACUGAUUUGGCCAGAAAAUAAAGCAUGGGGAUUGUUCAGGUAUCAAUUUUUGAUUUUCAAUGGGUAUAUCAGUACGGUUCAGUAUUUGCAAUUUAGAUAUCAACAAGGAGUGUUAUACAGGUUGAAAGCCUUGGGAGAGAGACACAAUAUGGAUAUAACGGUAGAAGGUUUCCACUCUUGGAUGUGGCGUGGCCUUGGUUUCCUAUUUCCAUUUUUAUUCAUUGGUUAUUUCUUUCAACUUUAUAAUGCAUAUACUUUAUAUCAACUCAGUUUCUUACCAUCUACAACUUGGCAUGUUCCCGUUUUAUCAGCAUUUUUCCUAUUUCUAUUUAUCGGAAACACUGUUACCACAAUCAUGGUUAUUCCGAACAAAAUUCAAGAAAAAAUGAAAUUACAGUACAACAUAAUGAGCCAGAGACUGAGUAGUCAAUUCCUUAUCAAUGAUGAUACAGAAAGCGAUUCCACCAAGCAGGAUUGAAUGGGUCAAGUUGUCCAUGAAAAUAAUGUUAUAUUUAUAUCUAGUUACCCUUUAUUUCAAUAUGAUUAGCUUGAAGUAUCAUUUGAAUAAAUUAUGUGAGAAGA